UGGGCUUAGGAUCACCUACGAGUAUAUUGCAAUCACAACUUACACAACUUACAUCUGCAUUAACAGAAGCAAAUCCAACAAAUCCACUUCAAAAUCUUACUGCACCUUGUGUCAAUGCUAUUAUUGCAUUCAUUGGGAACGCUACUACGUGUUUACCACCUAGUUCUCUUGCUCUUCUGUUACCCGUUCUAACCGAUACUGAUCCCGUCAAAAAACUCAAUGAUCUUGUGACUUUCGCUAAUUCUACUUGCAGCUUCCCACGUUGUAGCGACAAUAUAAUUGACUUAGGAAAAAAUCUCACUUUAACUGGAUGCAGUAGUGAUAUUCAGAACAAAAACCCGGUUGCAAUAGCUACAGUUGUUGUCAUCAUGUUAUACCUCCCAAUCAUGAAUUCUUUAUGUUUCCAAACUCCCAACAAAGAUUACUGCUUUCAAGAAACUGCAUUUGCAUUAUUUGCAGCACCAGAUCCAAAAUUUAAUCCUCCAUUAAUUGGACCAGGGCUUGAUAAAUUCUUUUUCUGCAACCCCACUACUUUUUGCACCGAUUGCAAUCAUAAAAUAUCUAGAGAAUUUUUUGGUUUCCUAAACGAUAAAAAACAUGCUGAUGACAUAGCAAUUUUAACAAAUUUUGGUUUUAAAGAUCUAAUAACCGAAGUUCAAAAUAGUAUUAUGAUUAAGUGCGGAUUCACAUUCUUAACUGAUG